AUGAACCAAGACACUGAGUGUGGAAUGACAUCACUGAAUUGUGGAAACGGAAAAUUGAGGCAGUGGUUAAUUGACCAGAUCGACAGUGGAAAAUAUCCUGGCCUAGUGUGGGAAAAUGAGGAGAGAACCAUUUUCCGCAUACCCUGGAAGCAUGCUGGAAAACAGGAUUACAACAGAGAUGAAGAUGCAGCCCUCUUCAAGGCCUGGGCUCUUUUUAAAGGCAAAUUCAGAGAGGGGGUCGACAAACCAGAUCCUCCAACCUGGAAGACAAGAUUACGGUGUGCUUUAAAUAAGAGUAAUGACUUUGAAGAGCUUGUAGAAAGAAGUCAGCUGGAUAUCUCAGACCCUUAUAAGGUGUACAAGAUUGUCCCUGAGGGUUCAAAGAAAGGAUUAAGACAGCAUGGAACAGAAGAUACACAGCUCAUUGUGAACCAUCCUUUCCCUGUGCCUCCAGCAUACAGUUCUCUCCAGACCCCAACACAGGUGUCUAAUUAUAUGAUGCCUCAUGAACGUAAUUGGAGAGACUAUACAUCAGAGCAACCACAUCCUGAACUUCCUUACCAGUGUGCAACUGUCCCCUUUACAGCACGCAGUCACCUUUGGCAAAACACUUCCUGUGACAGCAGCUACCAAGUAACUGGUUCAUUUUAUGCCUGUGCACCAUCAGAGUCACAGACGCCUGGAAUUCCAUUAGAGCCAAGCAUAAGGUCUAGCGAGUCCAUUGCAUUAACAGACUGCAGACUGCAUAUCAGUUUAUAUUACCGUGACACUCUUGUAAAUGAGAGGACAACUAGCAACCCAGAAGGAUGUAGGAUUACUCAUGGACAAAGUUAUGAAAUCAGUUGCUUGGAUCAAGUCUUCUUCCCAGACCCUGAGGAUAGCAACCUGAGGAAAAACAUUGAGAAGAUGCUGAACCACAUGGAUAGAGGUGUUAUUGUGUGGAUGACUCAGGAUGGGAUAUACGCUAAAAGACUGUGCCAGAGCAGAAUAUACUGGGAUGGACCCCUAUCCAUGUACAGUGACAGGCCAAACAAGCUGGAACGGGACUUGCCCUGCAAAUUAUUUGAUACUCAGCAGUUUUUAACAGAACUGCAGGCAUUUGCUCACCAUGGACGCCCAAUGCCAAGGUUCCAGAUCACCUUGUGUUUCGGAGAAGAAUUUCCAGACCCACAGAGAGGGAGGAAGCUUAUAACAGCUCAUAUUGAGCCCCUGUUCGCAAGGCAGCUGAUUGGAUUUACUGAGCAGAAUGGUGGACACUUUAUGAGGGCAUAUGAUUUAUCAGAUUACAUCAGCAACGCAGAUGAAUACCACAGACCUAUUCGCCAUGCCUCACUUCAGGAAUGAUCUGCAUCACCUGGUACUUUUAUUAUCUUCCCAUUACUGAACUUCAUUAAUCACAGAAUCAAAGAGAACUGACAAAAUAUCUUAAGGGACAAACAUGUAGUUCCUACAUGUAACCUGAGAGAAGACUGAGAAAGACUGGAUAUUUACAGAUUGUUUGCAGUAUUGUGGCUCUAUAGAUACAGUAAU